CGCCUGCGCAGACUUCCCUCAACGGUCGCGGAUCGGGUUGAGAAGGGACCUGCUUUCUUUGCUCCCUCCCGGGCGACCUCGCAGCCCGCCUGCAGCCAUGGCCAUGGCCAGCGGUGCCAAGGUGGACCCCGACACCCUGCAGGUGCUUCGGGACGUGGCCAACCGCCUGCGGAUCCACUCCAUCCGGGCCACGUGCGCCAGCAGCUCGGGCCACCCCACGUCGUGCUGCAGCGCGGCCGAGAUCAUGGCCGUGCUCUUCUUCCACACCAUGAGGUACAAGCAGACCGACCCAGAGCACCCGGACAACGACCGCUUCGUGCUCUCCAAGGGCCACGCGGCGCCCAUCCUCUACGCCGUCUGGGUGGAGGUGGGCGGCCUCCCCGAAUCGGACUUGCUCAACCUGCGAAAAAUCCACUGCGACCUGGAGGGCCACCCCACCCCUCGGCUCCCGUUUGUGGACGUGGCCACGGGGUCCCUUGGGCAGGGCCUGGGUGCUGCCUGUGGAAUGGCUUACACCAGCAAGUACUUUGACAAGGCCAGCUACCGCGUGUUCUGCCUCAUGGGGGAUGGCGAGGCCUCGGAAGGCUCCGUCUGGGAGGCCUUGGCCUUUGCUUCCCACUACAGCUUGGACAAUCUCGUGGCCAUCUUCGAUGUGAACCGCCUGGGGCAGAGCGGCACCGCGCCCCUAGCGCACGGCACGGACGUCUAUGAGAAGCGCUGCCAAGCGUUUGGGUGGAACACCUACGUGGUGGACGGUCACGACGUCGAAGCUCUCUGCCAGGCCUUUUGGAAAGCGGCCCAAGUCAAGAACAAACCCACUGCCCUGAUUGCCAAGACCUUCAAGGGCCGGGGUAUUCCAAAUGUUGAGGAUGCGGAAAACUGGCAUGGGAAGCCCAUGCCGAAAGACAGCGCUGAUGGAAUUGUCAAGGUAAUUGAGAGUCAGAUACAGACGAACAGAAACCUCACGCCAAAGCCCCCUAUUGAAGACUCACCCCAGAUCAGCAUCGCCAGUAUAAAGAUGACCUCUCUGCCUGCUUACAAGCUGGGUGACAAGGUAGCCACCCGAGAAGCAUGUGGCUUGGCUCUUUCUAAGUUGGGCCACACCCACAAAAGAGUUAUUGUUCUAGACGGUGACACGAAAAACUCUACUUUUUCCGAGAUAUUCAAGAAAGAACACCCCGAGCGUUUCAUAGAGUGCUUUAUUGCUGAACAGAACAUGGUAAGUGUGGCACUGGGGUGUGCCACACGAGGACGGACUAUUGCUUUUGUUAGCACCUUUGCCGCCUUCCUGACCCGCGCCUUUGAUCAGAUCCGAAUGGGAGCCAUCUCCCAAACCAACAUCAACUUUAUUGGUUCCCACUGCGGGGUCUCUAUUGGAGAAGAUGGGCCUUCCCAGAUGGCCCUGGAGGAUCUAGCCAUGUUCAGAAGCAUUCCCACCUGCACGGUUUUCUACCCAAGUGAUGCUGUCUCCACAGAACACGCUGUGUAUCUGGCAGCCAACACCAAGGGAAUGUGCUUCAUUCGGACCAGCCGGCCAAAAACUGCGGUUAUUUAUGCUGCACAAGAAAACUUUGUGAUUGGACAGGCCAAGGUGAUCCGCCACAGUGCAGAUGACAGGGUGACGGUUAUUGGAGCAGGAAUUACUCUACAUGAAGCCUUAGCGGCCGCUGACAAGCUUUCUCAAGAAGGUAUUUUUAUUCGUGUCAUUGACCCAUUCACUAUCAAACCUCUGGAUGCCGCCACCAUUAUCUGCAGUGCCAAAGCCACAGGUGGCCGGAUCGUCACUGUGGAAGAUCACUACCGAGAAGGUGGCAUCGGGGAAGCUGUUUGUGCGGCUGUCUCCAGAGAGCCUGACAUCCUGGUUCAUCAGCUUGCAGUAACGGAAGUGCCGCGAAGUGGGAAACCUAGUGAAUUGCUGGACAUGUUUGGAAUCAGUGCCAGACACAUUAUAGCAGCUGUGAAAGAUACCUUAGUGAAAUGAGCUGGCCCUUUCUUAAUACAUCAAGGCUGUUGGCUUUGGUCUUAAACACUGGUAUCUUCGUGUUAUAUUGAUGUCUGCUUUUAUAUAAAAAAAACUAAUAUAUAUAUAGUUCUGUUGUUUUUAAAGCAUCACUGUGUAGUACCUUCAUUUCUAAUAAUAUGAAAAAAAAAACCCUUGAGCUAACUUUCUGUUAAACUGACAAGUGCCACUCUUGUUUUUCAGUUGUUCAGGUGAACCACACAUUUUUAAGUUACAAAAUAGACAACAAAGCCACCUAAUUACAAAGUUUUCUGAUAAGACUAUAAUUAACCAACUGGGGUGAGGAUAAUGUGGAUAAUGCAGCUAUAAGUGUUCAUCAAAUGUGUAUAGUUUUCUCAUCAAUUAAGGGAAUAUGAAUUAAAUUGUAGAUUUCAUUAGCCCAGAUCCUGAAGCAAAUUUGAGUAUUUGCAUAAUGGCAUUGCCAGGCCACGCCUUCUCGUUUCUGGGUGACAUUUGAUGAUGGAAUUUCCUCGGCAGUUUGCCCGCUUCAGUCCCUUUGGCAGGGACAGCUCUCUCGAGAACCACUUUUCUAUAAAGAAACGACUAGUUCCAGUUUAUUACAUAUUAAUGUGUUGUUUUGUGAAAGUGGUCUUUGUUUUUUUAUUGUUCAUCUUCUGAGAAUAAUAGAUGUGAUAAAGAAUUUUAAAAUGA